UCGCUUUAAAUAUGAAAACAUUUCAGACUUUCACAUACAUGACAUAUUUCUUAAGGACGUGAUAAAGACGGAGUAUACAUAGGCCUAUAAAGUUUAACACUUACCGUAUAGAAAUGGCGCGAAUCGUAUUUUCGCAGAUAAUGGUCUUUGCGUGUCUAUGUCAUCUUGUUCAAUUAAGCAAUGCUCAGAUACUUAUUGCAGACAGAGGAAGCAUCCUGUUUGCCCCCAUACCGCGGCCCGUGAAAGAGAACAACAUAUUCGAUGCCGAAUUCAGACGCAUAAGUCUUCGAGAAUCUAGUGUUAUAACAUCUAUGGACUAUGAUCCCAUCGAUAGGAUGGUGUACUAUGUAGAUGUGACUUACAAGGUCGUCGAACGUAACAACCUUAAUGGCACGGCUCGGCAUCAGCUCCAGUAUUCCUACAUCGUACCAAAUUCCGUCGGUGUUGACUCCGUGGGGAGGCGUGUUUACUACACAAUUUCAAAUCAAGCCACAAUUUACUAUAGGGAUUUGGGCGAUUUGGCAGUCACUUACGAAUUGCCGUCAACUACUUUCCCAUCAUCUUCCUCACACACAACAAUCGCAGUUGACGGUUUAGCAAGCUAUCUUCUCUAUACAGCAUUUGGAUAUGCUCAACUGAUAUCAUAUCGUUUAGGUAGCCAACCUGUGGAAACUAGAAGUUUGCUAUCCGCCCGUACAUCGGCGUUUACCAUCGAACCGUGCAAAACUACCGACGUUAAUUCCUCAGCCCGUGUGUAUUAUUACAAAACCUUUUCAAAGGAAUUGGGUUACGCGAAUACAUUCCAAACUUGGAAUCGGACCAUUCAACGACUGCCAGACGUAGCUUCGGUUAACUCAGGCAUGGCUAAAUAUGGAAACAAACUUUUUUUCGUUGAUGUGGUUAACUUUUUGAAGAGAAGGUUGAUCGAAUAUGACACAAAGGCCUCCUCUCUCAAGAUACAUAAUACCGUGACCGUAAAGCUGGAUACUGGUGGGGAUUCAACUAUCACCCCGGAUGGUAUUCGCGUUCUCAACAUUAAGUAUACAGAACCCGUUUCCAUCGAGGAUUGUCCGAUGAACAUUUCUGUAAAAAUCAACAGUAGCUCCAUCUACGACACACGACAGGUCUCCUGGACUGAACCUUCUUUGAACGCUUGGUCCAACUGUGCUACCUUGGAAUCUCUUGGACCAGGAACCAAUGGAGGCAAUUUCAGCAAGGGGGUCUACAACAUCUCCUACGAAGCCAGUGAUUUGAAUGGAAACACAGAUACUUGUUCUUUCACGGUCACAGUGGAGGGGGAGCCUGACGAUGACCUUUCCACGGAGGCUUCGCCUAGCAGUUCUCCAUCUAGACCUUCUAACGAUUCUACUACGGAUACUUCUGGAUCCGGUGGUGGAGAUGGCAAUGCACCGUGUGGAAAUGGCGCGAAAGUUUCGUGUACUUUCAUUCAAUUUGUCUAUUUAGUUGCUCUUCUCGUAACCGUCUUCAAUUAGGCCUUACAUUGCAGCCUACGGAAAAACGCAGUGGCUGACAUUUUCUUUUCAAUUUUCACUCUUUUUCAGAAAAGUAGUCAGGUAACCACUCUUUCUUUUACAUGACACAUCCAGUUUUCAGAAUUUCUUUUUGAAAACGGCACUUUUCAGUAAUGAUAACGGAAUACUUAAAAAAAAAUCGAU